AUGGAGACACCGAAAAAAUCGCAACCAUCACAUCGCGAUGUUGACGAAAAAUACGACGCUACGACUUCUAGCCCGCUAAAAGCUUUGCCCAGUCCAAGAACACCUGUCAGAUCCACAUUCAACGACAGUGAUGACGAUGAAUCGGAUGAAAUGGAAAGCCCUAAGUUUCCACAUCUUAUCCCAAUUUAUAGGAGAACUCCUGAUGAAUAUGAUUUAGGAGGUGUGCGUAUUGGUUGGGAUGAUGGAUAUGGCAGUGUGUGUUAUCAAGAUGACGAUUAUGUUACUGAAAGGAGGUCAAAAAGGAGUAAAAAGAGCCGAUUAUUCUCUGAACGUCAUCAUCGAUCCUUCUUUAGAUCGAACCACUAUAAUUCAUCAAACAAUGAAUCACCUUCUCCAAGGAGUUGUGCAAGUGUAAAUAAUACUGCUAUGCAGGAGGAGCUGAAUAACUAUCUUGAAUGUAUAUUGAAUUGUCUCAGUGCCAAAAAGAGAAAUCGACAGUUAAUGAAAGCUAAAAUGGAAGCUAGUUCUUCUGCAAACAGUUCAACAGAAAAUAAUAAUGAUGAUGGUUGUUCAUUUAAUGACUGUGCUGAUGAUGAAAUGAUGAUGUUGUGUAGUCAAGCUAUUGAAAAAGAAAUAGCUGCAGAUGAUAAUAAUACUAAUAAUACCGUGAAUAAACCUACAAAACUAAUUGUUUCACAUUCUUUGUCAAUUAAUGGUAUUAGCCCAUUAAAAGAUACUAACAGUGCAACAAAUAAUAAUGUAUAUUACCCCGCUGCCAAAAAGUUCAAACCAGUACACAGCAAACUAUUUGGCGAGGAAGAGAAAAGAAAUUGUAAAUCACAGUGUCACACAUUAACUUCAAAUAUGAUAAACAAAUCUGAAAAUGAUGCCUCAUCUUCCGUCAUUACUACUGUUACUAAUUCUAAGAAAGAUGAUUCCUCGUCAUCAUUGUUAGAUGACACUUUAGCCAAAGAAGAUGAGUUUUUUUUGGGUAUUGAUUUUGCGGAAAUCGAGAAGCAAAUUUUGAAUGGUGCUAAAGAAACUACUACUGUAUCAGCAGUUCAGAAUAGUUAUAAACAGCCAAAUACAAAUGCCGGUAUACAAUUGGAAAAAAAAACAGCCACAAGCAAUUAUGCUUCUUCCAAUAGUUCAAGUUCUAGUUCAGUACUUUGGCGUAGAUCUACUUCGUCAUCAUCAAUUGUUAACAAGCAGCAACAAUCAAUACAACAACCUAAACAAUUCAGCAGUGUUGUUGGGACAGUAAAUAACCCUAGCACUAGUAGUGGUAAUGCAAAAGCCACAAGCAAUUAUGCUUCUUCCAAUAGUUCAAGUUCUAGUUCAGUACUUUGGCGUAGAUCUACUUCGUCAUCAUCGAUUGUUAACAAGCAGCAACAAUCAAUACAACAAUCUAAACAAUUCAGCAGUGUUGUUGGGACAGUAAAUAACCCUAGCACUAGCAGUGGUAAUGCAAAAGCUACAACCACAACUACUACCAGAUAUUGCACACCAGCUGAAAUAGAAGCAAAGCGAGAUCGUGCUCGACGUACACUUUUGCUUAAGUUUAAAUCGAAAAAUAGAAGUGUUUCGUAA